AUGAAGGUGUACACGACCAUUGUCCUUGCGGCCGUGGCCACGCAAGUCGCACGUGCCGGCGGCGGCAUGUCCCUCCAUGACACUGGCAGCUUUACACCUGGCGGCUCGAAUGCACCGACUCCAGCCCCGGUCACCCCGGCGAUGACCCCCGAGACACCUAAGACCGGCGACAGCACUGGCUCCCCACCCGACCAGCACCCGCCUGUAGUAGAGACCCCUGUGAAGACGCCGGGCGAAACGCCAGUUGGCCAUGAACCCACUCCAGCACCCACCGUGCCCGCCGGCGAGGACGGCCACGUCCCGGCUGUUGACCAGGAAGCACCAUUGCCCCCGACUGUCCCUUCGGUCCCAGGUACGCCUACGACCCCAGUUGUUGGCGGCGGUGGAGAGCAUGGUCCCACUCCAGCACCCACCGUGCCCGCCGGCGAGGACGGCCACGUCCCGGCUGUUGAUCAGGAAGCACCAUUGCCCCCGACUGUCCCUUCGGUCCCAGGUACGCCUACGACCCCGGUUGUCGGCGGCGGUGAAGAGCAUGGUGCCACUCCAGCUCCGACCGUGCCCGCCGGCGAGGAAGGCCACGUCCCGGUCGUUGACCAGGAAGCACCAUUGCCCCCGACUGUCCCUUCGGUUCCGGUCACGCCAUCGACACCUACCACUCCAGCGACUCCUGUCACGUCGUCGCUUCCUCCUUCCCCUACGACUCCGACCGGCGUCCAGGGUGAAGAGUCUGGCACGCCUUGCCCGACCUUGGAGUACAAUUACCCUCCUGUCGACGGUGAGGGCAACGUCCCGGUCGUUGACCAGGACGCACCAUUGCCCCCGACUCUCCCUUCGGUCCCAGGCACGCCUACGACCCCAGUUGUUGGCGGCGGUGGAGAGCAUGGUCCCACUCCAGCACCCACCGUGCCCGCCGGCGAGGACGGCCACGUCCCGGCUGUUGAUCAGGAAGCACCAUUGCCCCCGACUGUCCCUUCGGUCCCAGGCACGCCUGCGACCCCGGUUGUCGGCGGCGGUGAAGAACAUGGUGCCACUCCAGCUCCGACCGUGCCCGCCGGCGAGGACGGCCACGUCCCGGCUGUUGACCAGGAAGCACCAUUGCCCCCGACUCUCCCUUCGGUUCCGGUCACGCCAUCAACACCUACCACUCCAGCGACUCCUGUCACGUCGUCGCUUCCUCCUUCCCCUACGACUCCGACCGGCGUCCAGGGUGAAGAGUCUGGCACGCCUUGCCCGACCUUGGAGUACAAUUACCCUCCUGUCGACGGUGAGGGCAACGUCCCGGUCGUUGACCAGGACGCACCAUUGCCCCCGACUCUCCCUUCGGUCCCAGGCACGCCUACGACCCCAGUUGUUGGCGGCGGUGGAGAGCAUGGUCCCACUCCAGCACCCACCGUGCCCGCCGGCGAGGACGGCCACGUCCCGGCUGUUGAUCAGGAAGCACCAUUGCCCCCGACUGUCCCUUCGGUCCCAGGUACGCCUACGACCCCGGUUGUUGGCGGCGGUGAAGAGCAUGGUGCCACUCCAGCUCCGACCGUGCCCGCCGGCGAGGACGGCCACGUCCCGGCUGUUGAUCAGGAAGCACCAUUGCCCCCGACUGUCCCUUCGGUUCCGGUCACGCCAUCGACACCUACCACUCCAGCGACUCCUGUCACGUCGUCGCUUCCUCCUUCCCCUACGACUCCGACCGGCGUCCAGGGUGAAGAGUCUGGCACGCCUUGCCCGACCUUGGAGUACAAUUACCCUCCUGUCGACGGUGAGGGCAACGUCCCGGUCGUUGACCAGGACGCACCAUUGCCCCCGACUCUCCCUUCGGUCCCAGGCACGCCUACGACCCCAGUUGUUGGCGGCGGUGGAGAGCAUGGUCCCACUCCAGCACCCACCGUGCCCGCCGGCGAGGACGGCCACGUCCCGGCUGUUGAUCAGGAAGCACCAUUGCCCCCGACUGUCCCUUCGGUCCCAGGUACGCCUACGACCCCGGUUGUUGGCGGCGGUGGAGAGCAUGGUGCCACUCCAGCUCCGACCGUGCCCGCCGGCGAGGACGGCCACGUCCCGGCUGUUGAUCAGGAAGCACCAUUGCCCCCGACUCUCCCUUCGGUUCCGGUCACGCCAUCGACACCUACCACUCCAGCGACUCCUGUCACGUCGUCGCUUCCUCCUUCCCCUACGACUCCGACCGGCGUCCAGGGUGAAGAGUCUGGCACGCCUUGCCCGACCUUGGAGUACAAUUACCCUCCUGUCGACGGUGAGGGCAACGUCCCGGUCGUUGACCAGGACGCACCAUUGCCCCCGACUCUCCCUUCGGUCCCAGGCACGCCUACGACCCCAGUUGUUGGCGGCGGUGGAGAGCAUGGUCCCACUCCAGCACCCACCGUGCCCGCCGGCGAGGACGGCCACGUCCCGGCUGUUGAUCAGGAAGCACCAUUGCCCCCGACUGUCCCUUCGGUCCCAGGUACGCCUACGACCCCGGUUGUUGGCGGCGGUGAAGAGCAUGGUGCCACUCCAGCACCCACCGUGCCCGCCGGCGAGGACGGCCACGUCCCGGCUGUUGAUCAGGAAGCACCAUUGCCCCCGACUGUCCCUUCGGUCCCAGGUACGCCUACGACCCCGGUUGUUGGCGGCGGUGAAGAGCAUGGUGCCACUCCAGCACCCACCGUGCCCGCCGGCGAGGAAGGCCACGUCCCGGUCGUUGACCAGGAAACACCAUUGCCCCCGACUCUCCCUUCGGUUCCGGUCACGCCAUCAACACCUACCACUCCAGCGACUCCUGUCACGUCGUCGCUUCCUCCUUCCCCUACGACUCCGACCGGCGUCCAGGGUGAAGAGUCUGGCACGCCUUGCCCGACCUUGGAGUACAAUUACCCUCCUGUCGACGGUGAGGGCAACGUCCCGGUCGUUGACCAGGACGCACCAUUGCCCCCGACUGUCCCUUCGGUCCCAGGCACGCCUACGACCCCGGUUGUUGGCGGCGGUGGAGAGCAUGGUGCCACUCCAGCUCCGACCGUGCCCGCCGGCGAGGAAGGCCACGUCCCGGUCGUUGACCAGGAAGCACCAUUGCCCCCGACUGUCCCUUCGGUCCCAGGCACGCCUACGACCCCGGCUGUUGGCGGCGGUGAAGAGCAUGGUGCCACUCCAGCUCCGACCGUGCCUUCUGGCGAGGACGGCCACGUCCCGGUCGUUGACCAGGGCGCACCGUUGACACCUACGGGUGAGAUGGGUGAUUCCGCGAAUGAAGCUCCGGGCACGCCCAGCCCAGUUGUUAACAACCCUGGCAUGUCCUCGGGAACUCCAGUCAUGACGCCGCCGACCCGCCCUGGCAAGUCCGGUAUGAAGAGGAUCGAGACGCCGGUCAAGCCCAGCUCCGAGGACAGCAACACGCAGACUGCGCAGCAGUCACGUUUCCUGCGGGCUUGA